AGCGGAACCGGAGCGCGGUGGCAGAGCGGGGGAGGCGGCUGGAAGGGCUCCCCUUGAGGCGAGAGGAGCGCCGGGGGGGAGGAGGGAGUAAGCGCGGCGGCGGCGGGACCCGGCCCGGUUCCCGAGCUUGGCGGCGGGGAGGGGGGACGAGACUGCCCGCCCCCCUCCCCCGGUUUGACAGCGGGGAGGCCCCGGGUUGAGCGAGCGGCCGGAGCUGCUCUCCCCGCUCGGCCCCGGCCCGCGGGGGAAGGGCCCGGCCCCGCUGUGGGAGGGGGGAGCUCGGCUGCAAACCCCCCCGGGGGUCCCUUCCCCGCUGCCCCCACCUCACUUCAGGUGUGUUCUUUCCUCCCUCCCUUCCUUCCCUCCCCGUUCUCGCUUCCCCCGGAGCUCCUGCCCUGUCCCGCCUUUCCCUCCCCGCUGCCACCUGUGGAAGGGGUUGGGGUUGGGGGUGGUUCCUGAGCGCCCAUUCCCGUGGUGGGGGGGAGAGGAAUGGGGGGCGGGGGGUCCUGGUCUGGGGGAAUCACCUCCUCCUGCUUCUUCCCGUUCCAAGGUGGGUCGGGAGAGCUGUGGUAGGGUUUGGGUUGGCUGCCCCUGGAGCGGUGGGGGUGACACAUCAUGUGCCAGGCGGAACCCGAGUGGCUGAAGGAUGCCCCUGGGAGCUCUCGAUAGGCACCGAAGGCCUCAAACUUUUGUAGGCGUGAAAAGCGAAGACCUUAGAAUUGUUUCUGAAAACUCCUGCAAGGAAACUUGGUUCCAGCUUCCAAACGGCUGAAAAAAAAAAAAAAAAAAAAAAAAAAAGAACAAGAACCCAACCGGACCUGUGAGGACAGCAGGGCAGAAACUUCCCCUGCUCCCCCCCCUUCUUCUCCCCCUGCUUUGGAGUUGGUGACUGUGAUCUCCCAGGAAUGGAAAGUCACGAAAGAGACUUGGUGAUUGUUUGGUUUUAUGUGGUGGCCUGAAGUCCUAGAGGAUGACCUAGCACUUAAGAUCCAAACUGGGCCAAGUUAAAGGCCAAGUUGACUUGAAAGAACCCUAGCAGUGGGACCAGGUCAGGAGCAAAGCGAGUCCCAAACUGAGUGGAUCUGGUCAAAGAUCUAUAUUCUUUUUAAAAGACAUUGUGUUGCUGGAGCCAGGCCUGGAUCUUUUAGCAUCCAAUCGAGCUGGAAGCAGCUCAUAGCUUUUGUUUUGGUUUUGUUUCGUUGUUUAUUGGUUUGGUUUUUGUUUUGUUUUUUUAAAUUCAUGUUUGUACAAUCUUCUGGCUAUUUUUUUUCAAGAAGGAGUAAAAGGGAGUGUUGGAAACUAGCAAACAGGAUUAAAACCCUGAGAGCUUAAGGAAAACAGGCUAAGGAACUUAAUCCAGGAUGGAUAUGCAGGAGCCCCAGCAGCUGGGCAUGUUUGCAGAGGGGGAGCUGAUGUCUGUGGGCAUGGACACUUUUAUCCAUCGCAUCGACUCCACGGAGGUCAUCUACCAACCCAGGAGGAAAAGGGCCAAGCUCAUUGGCAAGUACCUGAUGGGAGACCUGCUUGGAGAAGGCUCUUAUGGCAAAGUCAAGGAGAUGCUGGACUCUGAAACCCUCUGUAGGAGAGCUGUGAAAAUACUGAAGAAGAAGAAGCUACGCAGAAUUCCCAACGGGGAGGCAAAUGUGAAAAAAGAAAUUCAGCUCCUGCGACGCUUGCGGCACAAAAACGUGAUCCAGUUGGUAGAUGUGUUAUACAAUGAGGAGAAGCAGAAAAUGUAUAUGGUGAUGGAGUACUGUGUGUGUGGGAUGCAGGAAAUGCUGGACAGUGUCCCAGAAAAGAGGUUUCCAGUUUUUCAGGCUCACGGGUACUUUUGUCAGCUUAUAGACGGCUUAGAAUACUUGCACAGCCAAGGGAUUGUCCACAAGGAUAUAAAACCAGGGAACCUCCUGCUAACAACCAAUGGGACACUAAAAAUAUCUGAUUUAGGCGUAGCAGAGGCAUUGCAUCCCUUUGCAGAGGAUGACACGUGCAGGACGAGCCAAGGGUCGCCAGCAUUCCAGCCACCAGAAAUUGCCAAUGGCCUUGACACCUUUUCAGGCUUUAAAGUAGACAUCUGGUCUGCAGGGGUCACGCUAUACAACAUCACAACGGGUCUGUACCCCUUUGAAGGGGAUAAUAUCUAUAAAUUAUUUGAAAACAUCGGGAAAGGUGACUACACAAUUCCAGAGGAUUGUGGUCCUCCACUCUCAGACUUAUUGAGAGGGAUGCUUGAAUACGACCCAGCCAAGAGAUUUUCAAUACAGCAGAUAAGGCAGCACAAUUGGUUUCGUAAGAAACAUGCUCAGGCAGAGGCUCUGGUGCCCAUACCUCCCAGCCCAGAAACAAAGGACAGGUGGAGAAGUAUGACGGCGGUGCCUUAUCUGGAAGAUCUGCAUGGCUACAACGAGGAGGAAGACGAUGACUUGUAUGACAUUGAAGAUGAUAUCAUCUACACUCAGGACUUCACAGUACCAGGACAGGUGCCUGAGGAGGAGGCAGGGCAGAACGGGCAGAGCCGUGGCAAGGGGCUGCCCAAAGCCAUCUGCAUGAACGGGACGGAGCCGGGACAGCUGAGCACCAAAUCCAAAGGGGAGCGGCGAGCCAGCGCCUCUUCCAACCCCUCCCGCAAGGCUUGCUCAGCCAGCAGCAAGAUCCGAAAGCUCUCCACCUGCAAGCAGCAGUGAAGGGGAGCUCCAAGCUCUGCACAGCGUCUCCAUCCCUGCCCCAUCUCUGCCUCUCUCCUGGGAGCGAACCGCGCUUGAGAUCCAAAAAGAAACCCGAGGAAUCCAACCACGGAACCCGGAAUCCGCCCCCUCCCCCGGCGGCCCCGGCACCAGGAACCAGAAGCUGCUGGUGGGCAGACCCCAUUUACCACCUGGGAAGAUGAACUCUGCGGCUGGGAAGAUGCUGCCCCUCCUCCUCCCCAAUCACUCUUUGCCAAUCAAGACACUGAUUCUGGUUUUAAUUUCACGAUGGGAAGGGGGGGAUGAGCGGGCCCCCCCCUCCCUGCCGGGCCCGGCCGGGUCCCCCCUGGCUGUGUAGAGUCGUGCAAAGCCAUUGCCGUGCACUUUAUGUUUUAGACUACUGUUAUAUAUUAUAUAUUUUCCUCUUUUUUUUUUUUUUUUUCUUUUUUUUUUUUUUUUUUUUUUUUGUUUAUAUUUGCGGUAUAUUUAGAGAUUCCUACACAUUGUGAUGUGUUGAAAAUAAACCAGAUGAGGAAAAAAAAACCCACACAAAAAAAAACCAAAAAAAAAACCAACCCCAACAGGUAUUAAGACAAAACAAAACUCUAUUAAACCUGCAUGCUGUAAAAGGGCUCGGAAAAGGGAAUGGGUGCGCUCGUUGUCUUUUUUUCUUUCCUUUUUUCUUUUUUUUUUUUUUUAAAGACAAAAGAAAAAAAAUAAAGUGAAAACAGCGA